UAGUGACAUUGAUUCUUAUCAACUUUGAAUUGCAGCUCAACUGAAGCAAAAUCAACAACUACAAGGAGUCAAAUUUUCCACCUUCAUCAUCGAUGGCGUCAGUAGGAGGAAGUGCGACGGCGCCUCCACCUCCGCUGCCGCCUAAGGAAUCUUUAGUCCGGCGCUACAAGUUCCUUUGGCCUAUGAUCUUGGCUGUCAAUUUGUCUGUUGGAGCUUAUCUUUUCUUGAGGACCAAAAAGAAAGAUGUGGGAACUGAGGCAGGAGAAGUGGUUGAUAGUCCUAGUAAUUCAGUUUCAUCAGCAGCUGCUAUUACUGCAGCACCUUCUGUGCAGCCUGCUAUUGUUCAUGAACCAAUUUCAGGAGAACAACAGCGUGAAAUAUUUAAGUGGAUAUUGGAAGAAAAGAGAAAACUUAAGCCAAAAGAUCCGGAGGAGAAAAGGCGCAUUGAUGAUGAGAAAGCCAUUCUCAAGCAGUUUAUUCGAGCCAAGUCCAUUCCAAGUUUGUAAAGACAGACCCUUCACGUCUUUGAUACUAGUAGCGUUUGAUUGACAAAUAUUAUAAUGUUUUGAGGUUGGAUUUCCCCUUUUUCUUUUUUACUGCAAAGAUGGCGUUGAAUCAAUUUGCUUGGACUAUAAGUCCGACAUAGGAUAUAUCUGAAUGGCUUUUGUAAGAAAACUGUAAAUAGAGGUGCUUUUCUUCUUUAUAUUAAUACGAAUGCACAAGUGUGAGUAAGUUUUAAUCUCA